AUGCAAUCUGAAUUGCUUGCUGAACUCCCCGAUGAGAUGUUCAGCUUCAGCCUCCUGGGUUCUCCGCCAAUUCUUCUCGCCCCGCGACUAGGCAGAUUGGCUCUGCUCGGGAGAAAAGCAAUACAGACACCAAACUUUGUCCCUAUAACUUCUCGAGGUGCAUUGCCUCAUGUAUCUCAUGACUUGAUGAACGAGCAGCUGCCAAUCAGCAGUCUGUAUACUGCUUUCGAGGAUUUUGCAGAAAGGGGACAAAGAGACAUGCUGCCGAUAUACGCAACUCCUGUGCAGCCGUUCGAGUCCGCCCUUCGAAAAUUCAUAUGUCAACGGGAAGAUCUGUUGUUGAUUUUGGGUCCACGACGAGUUCCGCCCGUGCCAUGUCCAACUCCAAAUGCCUCGAAUUCUGUAACGAUAUUGACCUCAGUUGGGUUCCGUCAAUUAGAAACUGAACAAUAUGUAGAAGCUAUUCAGAAAUUACAGCCCGAUAUAGCAGUCGGGCUAUCAGAUUUACCGAGUAAGCCCCCUGGGGUUAAGCGACGAGACCGGAUGGUAGACAGGACGCAUGCAUGGACAAGAGAUGCAGUGGAAAGGCUAUAUGGUUCUCAGAGUGAAAAACAGACGACAGCAUUAUUUCUUGCGCCUGUGCUGCCACUGGACAAGGAGCAGCAGAAAUUUUACCUUGAGGAUUUGGAGGAUGAAAUGAAGCCAAAUGUGGCUGGCUUUGCACUCUACUCACCGGAAAGUUGCUCCGUGAUACCAGAAUCUAUGGCUGCGCUUCUGCGUUUGGCAUUAAGUGAAACUAAAACGCCACAAGAGAUCCUAAAAGAGGUUUCACUGGGUAUCGAUCUGUCAACCGUGCCGUUUAUUGGAGACGCUUCGGACGCGGGUAUUGCUCUCGACUUCACUUUCCCGAGUCCAACAAAAGGUGCUGAGUCGGGCCUAAAGCCACUGGGAUUUGACAUGUGGCCAGCUACACAUGCGCUGGAUAUGUCGCCCCUUGUGCAAGGCUGCCCGUGCUACACAUGCCAAAAAUUUACCCGCGCAUACAUCCGGCACUUAUUGCAUGCGAAAGAAAUGCUUGCAUGGACGCUCUUGCAAGUACAUAACUAUCUUGUCAUGGAUAACUUCUAUGCCGCAAUUAGAGAUAGUAUUGCCAAAGGCACGUUUGCGGAAGAGGCACAGAAAUUUGAGCUUACAUAUGACUCAGGGCUACCCCAACAAACUGGCCAGGGGCCUAGAAUACGCGGGUACCAAUUCAGAGGCGAAGCAGGUGCUAAGCCCUCAAAUCCGAAGGCGUAUGGUCGCCUGGACCAUGUUACGAACAAUGUCACACAAUCGGAGUCCUCACUAGCGAGUGCAGAUGUUGAUACGGAUGAGAUGUUAGGUCAGGGUUUCGCGGAGAAACCUGUGUGA